AUGACAUGUUUCAAAGAUUACAAAGAUACAAUAGAAUCACCCAUGAUGAAAGUACUGCAGACAUACUUUGAGCAUGCCAACAGCCUAAAUACUGUUUGGAGUAUCAGAGACGGAGAAGACCCGUACUUAUGGGAUAUUCGGAUUCACGGAGAUGUAAUAACGCAGCUAAUGAACAAUGAAUACCUAGAAGAACAAGUUAUACGCUAUUACAGUUACAUGUUGUUCAAGAAGCGGAAAAAUGAAGAGAAUAAUGUGAGUUUUCAACAGCAGUAUGCGGAGUGUUCAUUCAUGAGGCCAGAUGCUUGGUACUUUGUUAAAACUAGGGUCAAUGAUGGGAUUGCCAAAUUUGUUGAAGAAUUCAUCUUGAAUAUCCCUAUCUCAGUUGAGAAAAUUGUUUCAAGCUUUAAAGUUAAAUGCAAGAAUCAAGCUCUGAUAAUGGCAAAGGCUUGUAUGCCUUAUUUGAUCAAAAGACAUGACCAAAUGAAGAUAUCUCCAGAAAUUGUGGAUAUAAAGAGGGAACCUCUUAUAUACAAGGAUAUUAUUUGCAAGAAUGUUCCUGAACAAGGUCAUCACCCAGACUGCCUCAUAUUUGUAUGCUACUAUAUGAAGAUGAGUAUGAAAUGUCAAGUCAGAGAGAAAUGGCUGAAGUUGAAAAAGAAAGAUGCAAUAAAAAAAAGCCAACAAGAAAAGAAUAAGAUGCAAUAA